AUGAGUCAACUCGUAGCGAGGACAGCUUUACGAGCUCUGCUUGUCCGCGUCGGAGGAAACUGUAACAUAGUCGUGAUGCCUGUCUCUGCCGCCUCCGUGGUCAAAAGUUCUGAGGAGAUAACUAAACAACCGAUGCGAAUUCAUGGUUUCGGCGAUUUCGAGAUCGAGUCUAAGCAUGUGCAAGGUAAUUUCAACUUGAAGUGGAGGAGGAUGUCGUCGGCGAUGGAGAAUAAAGAUGAGAACAAAGAAGAAAAUCCGACCGUAGAGACGGUGAAGAAAGGUCAAAACGGCGGUGACUCUGUGGCGGUUCCGAGUUACUGGGGUAUAGAGAAAGCGAAGAUGAAAAUUACUCGAAAAGAUGGAUCGGACUGGCCUUGGAACUCUUUUAAGCCAUGGGAGACGUAUCAUGCAGACUUGUCUAUAGAUUUGAAGAAACACCACGUUCCGAAAAAUAUCGCCGACAAAAUCGCUUACUGGACAGUCAAGCUCCUCCGUAUCCCCACCGAUAUGUUCUUUCAGAGACGAUACGGAUGCAGAGCAAUGAUGCUAGAGACAGUAGCUGCUGUACCAGGGAUGGUCGGAGGAAUGCUUCUCCACCUGAAAUCGAUCCGAAGAUUCGAACAUAGCGGCGGUUGGAUAAAGGCAUUACUCGAAGAAGCAGAGAACGAGAGGAUGCAUCUAAUGACGAUGAUGGAGUUAGUCAAACCCGUAUGGCACGAGCGACUUCUAGUGAUGCUUGUUCAAGGGGUUUUCUUCAACUGUUUUUUCAUUUGCUACGUGGUUUCGCCACGGUUGGCUCAUCGGAUUGUUGGAUAUUUAGAAGAAGAAGCUAUACAUUCUUACACCGAGUUUCUCAAAGAUAUUGAUGAUGGGAAGAUCGAGAAUGUUGCGGCCCCGGCGAUUGCCAUUGAUUAUUGGAGAUUGCCUAAAGAUGCUAAGCUGAAAGACGUUGUUACUGUGAUUCGUGCUGAUGAAGCUCAUCAUCGAGAUGUCAACCAUUUUGCUUCCGACAUUCGCAAUCAAGGAAAGGAACUGCGAGAAGCGCCAGCUCCGAUUGGUUACCACUAG